AUGGAGAAAACUUUCUCCACUUUCCAUGCCUCUAACAUGGUUUUGCAGCAACAGUAUCGCGAAAGAGGCUUCCAGAAAUAUUCUGAGCUGAUCACCUGUCUUUUGCUGGCCGAACAAAAUAAUGAAUUGCUGUUGAAAAAUCACGAAUCUCGGCCGACAGGUGCAAAUCCAUUUCCAGAGGCAAAUGCAAUACAGCUGAAAAAUCUGGUGCGUGGUCGUGGGCAAGUAGGAAAUCCGCGAAUUGAUCGCGAUCGAAAUCAGAAUCGCCGACGGGUUCGGGCAAACGUAUAUAGUCACAAUAAUUAUCAAAACAGGCCCCGAUGUGUGCAAAAUCGGCGUUAUAAUGGCAGAAGGCCAUACAGACCUCAACAGAGGAUCAACAUCGGUAGAAACAGAAAUAAUGACGAGGAAUGCACCCGGUGUGGAAUCAAAGGCCACUGGGCCCAUGUUUGUCGCACAACCAGUCACUUGGCUGAACUGUAUCGGUCCUCAAAAUAA